AUGGGGGUACUCGGUCUGUGCGUCGAACUCACUUAUACCUUACAGAUAUUAAGGCCAUCAGUUGCCGUUGCUGUUGCUGUCGGCUGUUUUGCAUUGUUUCUUGCCCCAUGUUGUCUGGCUGCUGCAAUAGAUGCUGAAGGGCUGCCACAAGAACUAUUGGUACCAUUCAAUGAUUUAUUACCACCCCUGCCUGAUGCUGAGUUCGAGCAGGGAAAAACAACGUCGACAACAACAAAACCAACGACAACGACGACAACUACAAAAACCACUACCACCACCACCACCAAGGCACCAACUACAAAAACCACCACUAUAACCACCACCACCAGGGCACCAACUACAAAAACCAGCACAACAACACCGAGAGCAACAUUGGCGCCAUCAAAACCAACAAAAGCAGCAACAGCACAACAACUUAAAAAGACACAGUAUCAACAGCAGCAAAGCCAACAACUGGCAGUGCCAGCAUUAGAUUUGAACCCAGAAGUGCCACCUCUUUUGUCUGAGACGGAAACACCAGCAGCACCGGUCAAGGUGAUAGGGCCCAAACAAACCGCUUCAACGCAGCAUUUGCAACAUGUGCAGGCUGCGCAAACUCAAUACCAGACAUUGCAACAACACCUGCAGCCACAAAAGGUGCAACAACAGAAGCAACAGUUUGCCAAGCAAUUGCUGCAACAACCACAAAUACAGCAUAAACUGCAGCCACAAGCUGCUGCCACUAUCAACAAAGUGGCACCUAAGCCACAGCAAUCAUCAUCGCAAGCACAGCGCCAAGUUGACGUCGAACAACUACAACAAUACCUAGAAUAUAUUUACCACCCGACAACGCGUCGACCAUCACGCGGUGCGCUACCCACGCUGACGCCAUUCCCGCGGCAUUUUAAGUGAAGUGCCGUGCGUUGAAUGUGAGUU